AAAUCCGACAUAGAAGAAGAAAGCUUUUAUUUUUCUUUUAAACCGAGAUGGCGUCGGCGCAGUUAACGGACGAGGAGCUUUUUACGCAGCUAAAGCGCUUAGGUUUCACUCCGGGCCCCGUUACGGAAAACACCCGCCCGGUUUAUUUGAAGAAACUGAAAAAGCUUCGCGAGGAGCAGCAGCAGCGGGGAUCCAGAGGGGUGAAAAGCCGCGCUAGCGCAGCUGCUAGCACAGCGGUUAGCAUCGCGGCGCCGAGGCCCAGUAGACAUGACGUCACGCAGUCGAGCGCCAUCAGAAAGCCGGGCCGGAAGUCGUCUGUCCUCGGCUUCAGCUCCGACGAGUCUGACGCUGAAAUUCCUCUGAAAAGGAAGGGCCUGACUAAGCACAGGCGGAGCCCCGCUUAUCAGCAGGAGCUGACCGGGCCCGCAGACAAACAGAACCCCGCCGGGACGACCCAGAAUUCGUUUUCUAGUCCGUUGGAUCACAGCGUCCAUGAGAGCUCCAGGCAUUACGACGAGUCGGGGGACGAAGACGAGGAAGAACCUGAGAACCCUCGCUCCGUCAAUGGCCGUGAAGUGACUGGUUUGAACAAAACAGCCGGAGAGUACUCUGAUUCGGAUGAAGAAGGAGCUUUGAGCCCAAGCGAGGCUCAGAGCCGACCGGAGCCUCGGCGGAGCCGCAUGGCUGCGCCCCUCUCUCCGUUAGACGAUCGAGGCUCCCAGGUCAAAGGCAAGAACAACGCGCCCAGCCCGCUCGGGUCUCGGAAGAUGGUGCGGGGAGAGGACGAGGAGGUGAACGGAGAGGACACCGACCCGUUUGCGGGCUCACAGAGGUAUCCCAGGAAGAGCAUUUACGUCUCCCUCGCCGAGCAGCGCGGAGCCAAGGCCGGGAAAAACCACUUCGACGGCGAGGACGGAGCCGCCAGAAGCAACAGCGCGACCCGGUUCAGCGUCGGGCUGAGACCGCGCUUCUCCGGCUACAGCAGCCCGGCCCAGACGCACAAGGGGAACCACUCCAACCACAGCCCGCCCCCGAACCACGCGUACAGCCAGACUGCGCCGAAGAAGAAGCUGUCUGUCCCGGAGGACGAGCUGCUCCUGCAGUUCAGGAGGGAAGAGCCCGCGUCCUCCGGCAGCUUCAGCGCCCACUAUCUGUCCAUGUUCCUGCUCACCACAGCCUGCCUCUUCUUCCUGCUGCUCGGCCUCAUGUACCUCAGGAUGAGGGGCUCCGUGGAGGCGGACGGUGUGAUCAAAAGACACCCGUUUGGAAGAGAGUUUGAUGAAUCCUAUUCUGAAGAAGAGAAGGACCUGAUCCUGACGCUGCUGCUGAGCCUUCACAACCACCUGGCUGUCGUAGCUGGCCAGCAUGAAUGUGGAGACCUGCAGCAUCCCAACAGGAGUCUGUCCCUGAACCAGUCCUCCACCUACCUGCAGGCGCAGAAUCAGGAGUUUGAGAGCUUCACUCUAGUGGCUCUGGAGUGGAUCAUCAAAACAGACCAAGACGUGGGGUUAAGGCUGCUGGGAGAGGACCCCCAGGUUCCUGUGACGGACGUCUCCGAGAUUUCCCAGCUGGAAUCCACUCGUCCCAGAAUGCCCCUCACCUGCCGCCUUCGCCGGGCCUUCCUCACCGUUGGCAGUAAAGUCCUGCUGGUGGCAGCCGCUGCCGCCGCGGUGUGGGCCACGGUCCGCUACCUGAAGUUUCGCUGGAGGAGACAGGAGGAGGAGACCAGGCAGAUGUACGACAUGGUGGAGAGGAUCAUCGACGUGCUGAGGACUCACGGAGAGGCAUGCCAAGAGAACCAGGACCUGCUGCCCUACCUGCCCAUCCCUCAUGUCAGGGACUCGCUGGUGCUUCCACAGGACCGGAAGAAGAUGAAGAAGGUUUGGGGCCGGGCCGUCUGCUUCCUGUCAGCCAACGAGUCCAGAAUCCGAACGGAGACGCAGAGGAUUGGGGGGGCCGACUUCCUGGUCUGGAGGUGGAUUCAGCCCUCCCUGUCUGGGGACAAAGCCAACCCUAUGCCCUCCAAAGUCUGGCAGGGACAAGCAUUCCCUCUGGACCGGAGGAAUUCCCCCCCCAACAGUCUGACUCCAUGUCUGAAGAUCAGGAACAUGUUUGACCCCAUCAUGGAGGUUGGGGAGAACUGGGACUUGGCCAUCCAUGAAGCCAUUCUGGAGAAGUGCAGCGACAACGACGGGAUCGUCCACAUCGCUGUGGACAAGAACUCACGAGAGGGCUGCGUGUACGUGAAGUGUCUGACUGCAGAGCAUUCGGGGAAAGCCUUCAAAGCUCUCCAUGGCUCCUGGUUUGACG